AUGGUCUCCGAGCGACCAUCGAAAGCUGGUCAGGCGAAACUGCUGACCAUACGGAGGAACUGCGGUGACCAAGUGUCCGUGACAUCUCCGUCUAGAGUGUAUAUGAAGACGAGUGUCAAGUGUCCGUUCUAUAGUCAGAACGACGAGUCCAGGGUGUGUCAGGAUGUGGGUAGAGUGAAGUUCAUUGAUGCCCUGGAGCAGACCUGGUGGAUGAGUGUGAGGACGGUCCUCAGGGAUGGAGAGUUUGAGAUACAGGAUCUCAUCGCGUUUAUUGACUGUGACAGUAGCGAUUCUGGUCAUGUGUAUGAGUCUCUGGAGCCUCCGCCUGCCACUCAUCAAACUCAUCACUCACCGCUCAUACCUGAUGAUGACUUUGACUCCUUUGAUAGUGAUACCGACACUGAUGACCAGGAGAAGACUAUACCACCAGAAUUGCCCCCCACGCUACCUUCUUCGCGUCUGCCCACGCCUCCCAACGGUGGGCCAUACACUCUGACCAAAAUUGCGAAUGCUGCUCAGAAGAAAAUGAAGCAGAUUAAGAGAAAUCUGACUAAAAGAUACUCUGUGGCAAUGGACGGAAAACCGUUCAAUAAAUCAUCGAACAACCAAAACGGGACGUACGAUGUACCCAAGAACCAAAAUAAAACCAAGUCUCCGAUAUACGCCAACUAUGAGAAACCAGAAACUCAACCAGUGUACAGCAAUAUCAACUUCCACGACACCAAAAACAUUCUCCAUAAAGUCGAAAAUCCCUCAGCAAAAAUCACUGGAACUUUCAAAGAAGAACUGAAGACUGUAAUAGGCGAAAAGUGUUCCACCAGGACUUGGACGUACGAGAAGAACAAAAACGUAUCAGGCAGGAAUGUAUAUGAGAAGGGGGUUAAGACUUCUGAGAAGAGGAACAGCAAUGGUGAUAUUCCUCCGCCCCUACCAGAUAAACCCCCGCCAGAGAUACCCACAACCCCUAAUACUGAUACCAAGAACAGCGGCACUCUAUCCAGGAAAGCCUACUUCUCAUUCAAGUCGAGGUUCAGACGAGCGACUUCCAUGGCUGUAGACAUCAACACGGACGUCCCCAGCGCGCUCAAAAUAACUAACUCCACGUUCUACCUGACGGAUUCCAUCGACGGCGACUCCGGAUUCAGCAACUGCAGCGAGAGCGACCGUCGCGAGGGUAUGCGAGCCGAGUCCUCCCCCUGCCUGGCGCUGAGGCCCGCCCUCCCCCCGCCGCCGCCUCCCCCCGCGCACAGCACGCACACUGACCUUAGCGCUGUCCACGAAGAGCUAAGGCGGUUGCUGCCGACCCUGUCUCGUAAGGAGCGCACUUCUCGCACCAGGACCUCGUGGUACGCGGACUGCGCCCCCGGGAAUGCCUCAUCCUUGUAUUCGGAGGCUGGUCUGUAUCAGGCUGGUAACAUAUCAAGUUCUUCGGGCGCCUCCUCCGGUUCUCACCCCGCCUCGCCGCUGCCCCACUCGUUAUUCACACACGAGCCGCUCUACCAGUUCUACAACGCUGCCAAAAUUGAGUCUGCGUGUCGUGAGACGGGAGACUCAGACUCGGACGCCUACGAGGUUGGUGGGAGUGUGGGAGGCCCGGGAGGCCCGGGAGGUCCGGGGGCCCGGCCAUCCGCCAUGGCCCUAGUGGCCCCGCGAGGCCCCGCCAGGACGCUCUGGUGCGAGGUCCCGGAGGUCCUUAACUCAGCUGUACUCAGUUCCCUCGCACCAGCACAAAAACGUCUCCAAGAGGCGAAAUUUGAGUUGCUAACGUCAGAAGCCUCUUAUCUCAACUCGUUGAACGUGUUGGAGACCCAGUUCAUGUCUCACCCGGCCUUCAGGGACCCGCUGGUGCUGCCUCCUCAUGAGUUCGACACCUUAUUCGCUGCUAUACUACCAGUACGCAAAUGCUCCCAAUUGCUGAUGGCUGAUCUCGAGCGCUGCUGGCAGGAGAACAUCCUGCUGCAAGGCAUCUGCGACAUCGUCCAGCGACACGCCAGCGCUAGGUUCAAAGCAUACGUCAAGUACUGCGAGAACCAACCGCUCAUGGUGAAAGCGCUGCAGCGGAUGAAAGAUAGACCGGCGUUCGCCAACGCCCUUAAGAGACAAGAGAGUCACCCGCUAUGCCAGUCCCUGUCCCUCCACUCGUUCCUGCUGCUGCCGAUGCAGCGCGUAACCCGCCUGCCGCUGCUGAUGGACGCCGUGCUGCGGCACCUGCACGCCGACGACCACGAGUAUGAAGGAUGCAUGCACGCGCUCGCUACACUCAACGAUUUCGUGUCUCAAUGUAACGAGGGCGCGAGGAACACGGAGCGUGUGGAGGAGAUGUGGCGACUGUCGAGGAGUGUGGUGGUGCCGAGCAACGUGCGAGGAGUGCCGGAACUGGGGCCUGCACUGACUAGGAGAGACCGGAAACCGGUCCGGUGGCUGGUGCGGUCAGGCGAGAUGACGCAGCUAGUGUGGAAGACGGACGAGCUGAAGCUGACGUUCGGCAAGAAGUUUCACAAGCAGCCGCUGUACCUGUUCUUAUUUAACGACCACCUCGUCAUCACCAAGAAGAAAAGUGAGGACAUCUACAGCGUGGUGGAGCACUGUCCCCGGUCGCUGGUCGAGGUGUGCUCCAGCGAGGCGGCCGGCGUCAAGCACGCGCUGCUGCUGACGCUGCUCGAGAACCACGACGGACGGACCGUCGAGAUGUUGAUGUCGUGUGCAAGCGAGACGGACGUACACCGGUGGACCGAAGCCCUGGCGCCGCCGGCCGCGGACGCCGGGGAGACUUUGUACGCUGGCUGGGACUGCCCACAAGUGGCCGCCGUUUACCCUUACGCCCCGCACCAACCCGACGAAUUAGCGCUGGCUGAGGGAGAUAUAGUUAACGUUACUAGGAAGACCAGUGAAGGUUGGUACUACGGCGAGCGGACCCGUGACGGCGAGGCAGGUUGGUUCCCCGGCGCAUACACAAACGAGAUCGCAUCACCUCACGUGCGAGCGAGGAACUUGAGGCAAAGAUACCGCCUGCUGGCCCUCUCCGCUACCUACUUGGGACAGAAGAAAAAACCACUAUAA